AUGUCUGGGCUGGUCGGCAGGGUCAAGAAUGUGGCCAAGGGCGUGGGCGGCGCGGCCAAGGAGUUCGGCCGCAUCGUUAUCCACGGCAACGGGAUCAACCCCGACGAGAUCGACGACGGCGGCGCGGAGGUGCGACCCACGCACAGAUCUCCUUACGCGCGGGGUGCCCAUCCCGACGGUGUACUGGCCGACGACCGGCGCUCCGCCGCGCACGAGCUACGGGACCUCGUGCAGGAGUCCCGGGUGGCCCAGUUCGCCAUCGGGGUCAUCGGCUUGCCCACUUUGAUCACCUCGCUCACGGAGGAGCGAAAUGACACGGAGCUUGUGCACGGCGUCCUGGAGGUCCUCGUCAACGCGCUGACCGGGGGUGUCGCGGGUGUCGAUGGGGGUGCCGACACAGCUGUGCGCGAGGGCGGGGAAGGUGCCCACCUCGCACACGCGGGCGCGGCAAACGCGGACGCGUUUGUUCGCAAUCCCGCAAACCUUGAGCUGGCGCUUUCGCUGUUGGACGAGGAGGACUUCUACGUGCGAUACCACACCAUGCAGUUGCUCACGGCGCUGAGCACGACGAAUCCGUUCGAGGUGCAGUCCGCGAUAAUGUCCAACCCCACUGGAGUCGGACGGCUGAUGGAUAACCUGACGGAGCGCGAGGUGAUCCGCAACGAGACGCUGCUGCUUCUCAUAUCGCUCACCCGCGGUAGCGAGGACCUUCGCAAGAUCGUGGCGUUUGAGGGGGCGUUCGAGCGGUGCUUCAACGUGAUCAGGGAGGAGGGCGCCGCGGACGGCGGGAUCAUCGUGCAGGACUGUCUCGAACUGUGCAAUAACCUGCUCAGGGGCUCCCCGUCCAAUCAGUCAUUUUUCCGUGAGUCCUCGUUCCUGCACCAGCUCCCGGAGAUGCUCUCGCUGAAGGUGCCAUCGCAGGCCAAAGGCGGGCCGCCGCUCGCGCCGCAGAAGGCUGCCAACUUGCUCUGCGCCCUGGAGCUCGUCACCAUGCUGGUGUCGUCCAGCGACGUCGGCGGGCCCGCCAAAUCCGCCGUGGUCAACGUGGAGGGGGGAGACGACGUAGCCGCGGAGAUUGCCGCCAGGGAACGCGCGGCGAAGGAACAGUGCCGAGCCGCGAACCAGGCGGCGCUCGCCAAGGCUGGCAUGCUGGACACCCUGCUCGCGAUGUGCCUGGGGGUGGAGGCGGUGGACAGCGUCCCGGUGCGGGUAUUCGCGCUAAGAUGCCUGGGAGACAUGGUCGCGGAUAGCAGGCGGAACCAGGAUCUGCUGUUCGCCGCGGCGGUGCGGGUGGCGGACGUCGCCGGCAAAGGCGGAUAUCAAACGACGGAACGAUCGGAACCCGCGCUACUCGCGUGUCUGCGCGUGGCGCUCAGGGGUCUGGACGCCGCUGAGCGCACGGCGGCUGAGGGCGUCUUCGCUCGGUGCCUGCGGGGUAACGCCGAGCUUCAGAUCAUGCUCAUCUCCACGAUCGCGCCCGCCGGCGAAGAGGACGACGACGGCGAGCGCAACGUCUCGCUCGGCGGUCUGCUCGCGCGCGCGCUGACGGGUAAAUCCCCGCACCGCAAGGGCGAUGACCCAACUCCGAUCGGCGCCCCGAACGAGCUCGAGGUUUCGUGCCACGCCGCCGCCGUGCUCCGCCACGCCUUAGACGGUAACGCGACGGCAAAGGCGAGGAUCCUGACCAUCCCGCUCGAGAUGCCGAAAUCUUCGUCCGAGCCCCCCGACCUGUUGCUCCCGCGAAUCAUGCGCUUCCUUUCCGCGGCGGUGCGCUCGUCGUCCUCGUCGGCGCUGGGCGAAGGAGCGGGCGGCGGCGGCGGCGGGGUGGGGGGCGCUCCCGGUUUCACCAACGCCGAGCGCAUCGCCGCCGCCGCCGCGGCGCGUAAAGACGCCGAGAAGCUCCAGGCGGUGCUGCUCCGCCUGCUCAUCGCGUGGCUCCACGGCUGUGCGCCGGCGGUGAACUCCUUCCUGGCGCCCGCCGCGCACCUCCCGAUGCUCGCGGAUCUCGCCCGGGACUCUGGCAGCUCGGCGCACGUCGCGGGGUUAGCGUCGGUGCUGCUCGGGUGCUGCCUUUGCGCCGAGACUUUGGACGGUCACGUCGACGCGCACGCGGUGUUGGACGUCGUCACCGCGCGCGUCGGCCUGAACGAGUUCUUCGGAAGGUGGGAGGAGAUGCGCAAGACGCCGGAAUUUAUCGCGGCGGCGGCGGCGCCCGUCCUCGCCAAACCCCUGACGCGCGUAACCGCGCAGAAGCUGGUCAACCGCAAGGUUGGCGAGAGCGACGGGCGCGGGGAGGAGGACGCGACGGGGGGACUGUACGACCACUCCAUGGCGUCCUUCAUCGACGCGUUCGAGGAGAGCGUCAAGGAACGCGUCAUCACGCUGUACGCGAGACCUAAACCGGUCACAGCCGGCGACUUCACCGGAUCGUGGGAAGCCAAAGCCGGCGAGAGCGCGGAGGCGCACGCCGCGAGGCUGAAGAGCCUGCUCAGGUCGCAGGACGCGGAGCUCGCCGAGCAGCGCGCGAGGAACGCCGUUCUCGCGGAGCAGUUGGCCCGCGGCGGCGGCGGCGGCGGCGGGCCCGGGGCUGACCCGGAGGCGUCCGGCUCGAUUCCCGACGGCGUGGAGAGCUCGCAGGUGAAAGCCGCGAUGGAGCACGCCAAGGCGGCGCUGGACGCGGAGCUCAGGGCCGUCAAGCUCGAGUUGGAGGAGUCGAGAUCCGCGACAGCAGGCGCGGAGGAGAGCCUCCGAUCGCUCUCCGAGGCGUACAACGGUUUGGAAGCUGAGGUUUUUCGCCACGAGGAGGAGAACCGAGCCUUGCGUGAACGGCUGGAAGGUUUAGGCGCCGAACCUAAACCCUUAACCGCGCCGACGUCCUCCGAGGCUGACCUGGCGGCGGCGAGGGAGGAAGGUCGCGCGGGGGCCAUAGCCGAGAUGGCCAGGAGAAUCGAGGAGGCUGAGGAAGCAGCCGCCGCCGACGUCGUCGCGGCUGAGGAACGGGGACGACGUUCGGCCAUCGCGGAGUUCGCGGCCAAGCUGGACACCUCCGGGAUGGACGACGACGUGGGGGCGGUGGCGGCGGCGAGGGAAGAGGGGCGACGGGAGGGUGCCGCGGAGCUCGCGAGGGUCGUGCAGGAGAAGGACGCGGAGGCUGCGGAGGCUGCGGAGCAAGCCGAGUCGGAGCUCAACGACCUUCUGGUGUGCUUGGGUCAGGAGGAGAGCAAGAAGGAGGCGCUGCUGCAGAGACUGAUCGAGCGGCACGGGGAGGACGAGGCAGAGCUCGAAGAGUUGAUGGACGCGUGCGUGGCCGAGGAGGACGAAGACGCGUAGAGCGUUAGAGCGCGUAGGCCUCGCGUAGGCCGCCGCCGUCAAAGAAUAGACUAUCAAAUCGUCGAGAGCC